UUACGACGCACGCUUCCUCAACUCACAUGUUCAGUGCCCUAGUUUUAAGUACGAGACGCUGGCGGGGCUCUCUUCGGUACUCAAGCGUGGCGACCAGCUGUUCACUGUUGACCUUAAGUCGGGUUAUCAUCAUUUGGACAUCGCAGAAGAAUUCUGGACCUAUCUUGGUUUCGAGUGGGAAGGGCAGUAUUACGUUUUCACUCAACUCCCAUUUGGGCUCGCCCCCGCGUGCUGGGCUUUUACCAAACUUACUGAGGCUCUAUACACGUCGUGGCGAGCAGAAGGGCAUCGCUUCACUUACUACAUCGAUGAUAGUUUACACGCGCACGAAACCGUGGCGGGGUUACUUCUCUGGCGGACACGCGUCCUGGCCGAUUUCGCUGCAGCCGGUUUCAUCGUUAGCGACAGCAAAUGCAGCUUGGAACCCGGCACUUGCAAGAAGUACCUCGGCGCAAACAUCGAUACCGUUGCCGGCUGCCUCACUGUGCCCACUGCCAAAUGGGCCGCCCUCCGCACAGACGUCGAGCGCGCGCUCGCUGACACCCGGCGAUGCUCCCUGCGUCUAGUGUCGGUCAUUGUGGGGCGCAUUCUCUCCAUGUCUUUCUCUUUCGGGGAAUUAUCGGUGCUUAUGACCCGUCACCUCGUGAUUUGGCAAAAUGGUCAUCGUCGCAGUGGCCUUAGCUGGAGCAGCCACGCAUCCCUUGACGAGCCUGCCCUCCGGGAGCUGCAAUUUUGGAUCACAUCUUUUACACAGUACGACGGCCAUUCCGCGGUCAUGGAGGCGCUGCAAACGCAGCUGGCCGCGCUGCAGCUAUCACCGGAGCUGCGGGGCCUGCUGGUGCGAGCAGUCGCAUCAGCGAGGGUGUCCAAGUCCACUGGCACGUGGCUGGCGUACGAGCCUCACAUCCAGCGGUGGCUAGAUUUCUGCAGCAGCAACGGUGUCACGCCGUUCCUGCCCGCCGGCGACGGCGGCCUGCGGGUGUCCUUGUUCCUGCAGAAGGUCAAGGAGGAGGCCGCGCAGCGUGGGGUGGGGCCCAGCUUUGUCAGCAUUGCCAGCGCCGCGGUGUCGGCGCUGCACGAGCUGGUGGGCCUGCCUUCCCCCUCGCAGCACCCGCUGGCGGCGGGCAUCCGGGCUGCCGCGUACAAGGAGCUGCUCGGCUCCGCACGGGAGAAGCCCGUCGCCACGCCGGAGGAGCUGCGGAAGCUCAUUGACACGCACCUGCUAGCAGGCGGGGACGUGCCGCUCCGGACCCGCAUGUACGUGACAGCCGCGGCGCUGUCCUUCACCGGUUUGCUGCGCUUCAGCGACCUGCGGCGCGUGCUCGUGCACCACCAGCUCCUGCGUUUCUACCCGGAUCGCGUAGAGAUUUUCCUGUACGCCGGCAAGACGGACCAGCAAUUCCGGGGCGAGCUGGUGUCCGUGGGGCGCGGCGUGGCGCCAUACUGCCCUGUUGGGUUGCUGGAGCAGCUGCUGCAGGCGGGUGGGUACUGCCAGGUGCCCGACACUGCCGUGGGGCCUGAUGGGCGCGAGGUGGAGGUGGAGGACGUUGGUCCCCUCCUACGCGCGGUCCGGCAACGGGGCGGCCAGCAGCGGCUGCAGCGGGCGCGGGCGCCAUUGCCUGAUCUGAUCCCCGCUAUCUCGUACAACACCUUCGCCAACGGGCUGCACGCCUUAUUCACGGCGGCGGGGGUGGAGCGGCGCUUGCCGCCGCACUCGCUCCGCCGAGGUGGGGCCACCGCGGCAGUGAACGGCGGCGCGGACCGCAUCCUGGUGCAGAAGCUGGGCCGCUGGCGCAGCGCGAAUGUGUUCGAGUUCGCAUAUGUGCGCGACGACGGUGGUCGCUCGCGCGAAGUCACCAUGUGCAUGGGCAUUAACCCCGAGGAGACGGACUAGUGGUGCUUUGAAGGGUCUGCCGGUGGGAGGCAACUGAGAGACGCCUAACGGCCACUAGGUCAAAGUGAACUUGGGGUUUCGGGUUUUCAGCACCGACUGUGGGGCUUGCUGUUUGCUUUGUUGCUUGUAACGUUGAGGAGUGAGAAAUGUUGACUUCUCCGGAGCGAAGUAUGAGCGUCGGAGAAGGCAGGUUCUCACGACGAUUAAGUGGUAUGGCACGGAGUGCCGUACGAGGCGCUAUUGCGCCUCUAAGUAGCGCAGCUGCUGCUGGUAGCAGCAUCUGCCGUUUGUCUCUUUCUAUCUUACAGUACUGUUCUGCCGUGUUUUUGCUUUUAUGGCUGAAGUGCCUACUUCCCGCCCACCCGCCCUUGAUCUGCCGGUGGGAGGCAACUGAGAGACGCCUAACGGCCACUAGGUUGCCGGUGGGAGGCAACUGAGAGACGCCUAACGGCCACUAGGUUGCCGGUGGGAGGCAACUGAGAGACGCCUAACGGCCACUAGGUCAAAGUGAACUUGGGGUUUCGGGUUUUCAGCACCGACUGUGGGGCUUGCUGUUUGCUUUGUUGCUUGUAACGUUGAGGAGUG